UCCCAACCAGCGCUCGACCUGGAAAAGGAUUUGUACAUGAACGAAAAUGGUAGUGUUCAGUAGUGUCGCCGCCGCCUUUUUACUUCGAGAAAGGAGACCUCUGUGCUAAAGAUACCCAAAGUCGCGUUGGCGUGAAAUAAGAGACGGCCAGCGGAGAGCAGUGAUCUUAGUCUGGAGUCAACGCUGCAACAAGAGUCCAACGUCAUGAAACUGAAUCCCCAACACGCUCCACUCUAUGGCGAGUGUGUGUUGACCGUUCAGCUGGAUGAUGGAGAUGCGUGCUGUGACGAGGGAGAAGAGGAGGAGGAGGCAACGGCAGAGUUUUAUCUUUUAUUCUCAGGAUCCACCCAAAGACAUCUGACCAGCACACUGCGAGUCAGCCACGACACACUGCAGGCCAUGUGUCCUGCCCAUGAUGUGUGUGAGCAGGUCUUGGUGACACUGUGUUUGGCCCGGCCCGGCGAACCACUCGACACUCACUCACAGGAGACCUUCUGCUUCACUCAGGACUUGGCUCUUGACAUGGCCAGUUACCUGCUCGAGAGCAUUGCCCCACAGGAUGCCUUGAUGUUGGACAAUGAACAGAUUCCGUCGAAAGAGUGUGAGAGGCUGGAUCGGAGCCUGGCUCUGGCCCUGAAACACCUCAUCCGGCCCCACCAGAGGGCCGGCCCGGGCCCGGACGACGAACUGCGUGCCGAGGUCUCCACACAGCCGGACAGCCGCACCGCCGCGUCUCAGUGCCAGCAGCUCUCCAGGCUGCUGCACUUGGCAGCCGGCCACGGUCUGAGGACGGUGGCGGAGUUCCUGCUGCAGCAACCGGGAGGCAGGGAGGCACUGAGGAGGCCCAACGCUCGGGGCCUGACCGCAGCACGUCUGGCAGAGAGCAGAGGACACGGGCAGCUGGCGGAGCUCUUCACACAGUAUGAGACGUCCCAAAACGCCCAAGCGGAACCAAAGGAGCAGCGUCACGUUCACCCGAGGGGCCGAGUGUUCCAGCACCACGCGAGCCUUGGUACCUACACCCUGACAUUCCUGGGUCUCCGGCGGAGGAGAGAGGAGGGGGGCGGAGAGAUACGAGAGGAGGUGGAGGAGCUGAGGAGGCGCAUCCACCUGCAUAGGGAGGAAACGGGGAACUCCGACUUUGCUGGCACCGUCGCACCGACACGUGACCCGGUAAGCCCCGCCUGUGGGCUGCAGUGCCACUUCACAUCUGCAUUAACCAGAGAGACCUGCGGCACGACCACAGAGGAACAGGGGCAUCCUCCGUCACUGGAGGAGAGAGCACAGGGGGGGGACUCUGCUGUUGUCACUCGCACUUCCUGUACCAGCGGAACUCUUUGUCAGAGACAGGAAGCGAGGGGAGAACGGAGGGGCUCACCGGCUCCCAACCCUCCUGCUGGCCGCAGCAGGAAGAACAGAAAGAGGACUGCAAAAAACACAAGACUUGCAACAGAAUCUCCAAGACGCAACAGAAACACCCAGGAGGCCGGUGGAGGGAGCGCACAGAGACUCGCAAAAGCUCCAGGAAGUAGUGCAGAGACAGAUGGAACUAGUUUACCCAGAGGACCAGCGGUGGCGUCUGUGACUGGCGACGACGACAGAGCCACGGAAACACACAACAGAGCAGAGGAGACUCCAUUACCCAUGAGCCUGGUGUCUGCGCCAGCUGGUGAUGGGAAGUGCACUGGCAGGAAGGCUGUGGCCUUGCCCGCCACCAUCAUCGUAGAAAAACAGGAAGGAGAGAAGUGGGAAGUUGACCUGCUGAAAUGCGAGCGAGUUGCAGAAACAGAAACAGUUACACAGUUUAAGCAGAGAGACACUGAGAGUCUCCCAUCAGGAGAAGUUCAAGUGGACAUUGCUGCGGAAUCGGGUGCAGAGAAGACAGCAACCAUGGGUCAGGAACAAUCCCAGGAUCACCAGGAAAGCCAGUCGGAUCCGGAGGAGCCGGGCCAACCUGACACCAUGGACAGCAGUCCUCAGUCUGGAAGGACGACCGGCCCCAAGUCCCCGGAGACAGAAAGGAAACCCCGGAGAGUGCUGUGGCGGGACAGCGGCUGGAUUGGAAGCAGAAUGGGAUCUCCCCCACCUGGACCAGAAACCAUAGCAAAAACAGUCUGGUAUCAGGGUGAAAAGCCGGACCAGGAUGCCGAUGACUACUGCAACAGGGAGCAAGGGAACUCCCGGUUUAGUCAGUCAGUUUGGUAUGACAGUGACACCGCAGAUCAGAGAGAACGAGAACAGCUGGAGCAGGUAAUGAAAGAGCAGAAAGAAUGUGAUUUGAGCUCAGCGCAGGCUUCUGGUCUUAGUACUCCACAGCUGUUAGAACAGCCUCUUAGUUUUCAUCAACUGUCUUCAGCUCUUAGUAAGCCACAUGCUGUUGGAACGCAGCCAGCGCUGCCAUCACAUGGUUCGGGUGGACAAAGACGGGAAGUACACGAAUCACAGCAAAAGGAGGAAGUAGGGCCAGAUUGGAAGGAGGGGGGAGUGGAGGGAGACGGAGAGGAGGUCAGUAACAGAGGGGCGACUCACAGCAGAAAGAGUUCUGAAAUGGCAGACGUCGAAGAGGGAGAGAGGCAAGAGAGCGGAGACAAAGGAGCAAAAGGCAGAAAAAAGAGGAGGAAGAAGAGGGGGAGGAGAGGCGGCGCUGAGGCCAAGCUUAGCUCCAGCUCCAGCAUCGAGUCCCAGAGUCAGAUAGAGAUAAAGACACAGAGAGAACAAGUGUUGGACCCAAGCAGUCAGUCAGAAGCCAAGGAUACAACAGGAAGGGAGGACAUCGAAGCUCCAACCAAGGAGGCCAUGCAUCUGCCCAGACAGACAGAGGGCCACAACAGGCACGCUCAUGAUCCUGACCACACAAACUCUGAUCCUAGUGAAUCAACUCCAGAGAUCAGUUCAAUAGAUCGUGGGAGAACAGAUCUCACUGGGGUUAUGGCUUCACAAAGUCUAGAAACAAAGGAAUUAUCAGACAACGACAGUAAGAGCCCGGAUUCUAUGGCCACUGCUUCAGACCUUCAAAUGGACAUCAGAAAGGCAGAUAUGGAAGCAACUGUGCAACCUCUCAACGAAGCACUUGACCCGACAGAGCUGGAAUUAAAGGGUCUUCCUGGACUUGUCCACCCAAUAGUGGAUAAUGUGGAUUCAAAGGAAUUGCCAGUAAAUGAGGAUUCAAGAGUCGCUGGUAACGCUGUACCAUCUGUGGACCGGACUGGUUUGGUGGAAUCUAACUGCCUCAAACUUUCAGAUUCUCCAGAAUACACAGAUGACUCGUCUCGUGCGGAAUUUCCUGAACAGAACACACAACAUGAACCAUCCGUGGAGUCAAGCAAACCGGCGCAACCUGAGGAUCCUACGGGAAGACCCCACGCAUUUUUGGAAUCGACACGUCCUGCAGAAGCCAGGGGUCUGCCGAUAGAAGGCUCGACGGAUGUUUUACCACUUGAAAUGUGUGAAGGAAGCACUGACACAACUGCAAGGGGAUAUUCUGAGCAUUGUUUGGCCCCCGGGAUACCGAGAGAUCGGCAGCACGGAGAGGAAAAGAGGAAUGAGGCUUGUGUGGGAAAAGAGGAAGUGGGUAAGAUAAGGAGUAGGAGUGAGGAAAAUGACGGUGGGAUGUUGCGUGGUGAGGAGUCAUCUUCAAUCGAGCAAGGGCAAGACCACAAUGAAUCUCUGGUUGCCACGGCGGUAGCGGUCGUAACGGUAGCAAUAGCAUCAGCCAUGGCGAGGAUAGAGCUGAGCCAACAGUUAGCAGACAAUCAGCCAGAGAGCCAAGAGUAUUUAAACCAGACGCCAGGUGAUUCACUCAACACUGUUCAUUCUGCACAGCUGAUGGACAGAGAGAACUGUCCACUGCGACCAGCUGAGACAGAAAACACACCUAUAGAGCAUUCUAUAGGUGGGUUUUUCAUUGAACCUACUGAUCGAUUUGCCUAUAAAGAGAAAGAUAGUGUUGAUUCUGCAGUGUUACAGUGUAACACUGAAACAGUAACACUACAGCUAACUAGCAACCUCCAUCCCUACCUUGACCCAUUGACCAUUGAAGAGACUCCUAGUUCACCACAACUCACCAAAGAGGAAAUCCAAAUAGAAACUACACAAAACCAAAUAUUUGCUUGUACACUGCAUGAAGCAGAAGACCACCUGCCGCACAUUAUUUCAGAAUCUUUGUCAGAAGCAGAUGAAACCAUUACAGCCGAGGUAGAGGGCCACGGUUGUGUGCAGGUAGAAAGCCGUCAGCAACUCUCCGAUCUUGUUGCACACCUGGGGCGACAUCCAGAGGCUUCUGGCACAUUCUGCACCGGUUCUGAGGAGAACCCCAGACCAGUGGAACAUAUAGGCCCCCAAGAUCAGUUUAUCUGUAAGGAAAAGAGUGGAAUGCAACACAGACUCUAUGGCGACGAUAGUCCCCCUUUGGAAUCCAUAACUACUGAGGCUGAGGUAGGAAGCCAGGAUAGUCCACACAGCUUUACAGCGAUCAAAGACAUAUCGGGUCGAGAGUGUGAGAGAGCCCCACAGCCUGGUAGUCAGACAGAAACACCACAUGGAAGCUCGCCGCUAACUUGCCCAAUACUUCCCUUCGCCUCCUGUGACUCGACCCCCGUGGCCGAUCCCAGUCGAGAGGAACCGACUGGCCCCCAGGAUGCGGAGAGGGCCGAAUACCAGUCAGCAACGAACAUGGAGCUCGUCCCUGCCAACCCGAUUGAUGCUGGUGGUAGCAAGCUCCAUAGCAAAGGCCAAGAGCCUGAUUCUUCGGCUAAUCAGGACAGUGCGUUUGGAGGGCUGGAGAAAGUCUCUCUGGAUGCAGUGGACGGGUGGAAAGAGAGAGAAAAGAAUCAGCUGAAAAGUGAAGCGGAAGCAAGGAAUGUGCCGGUCACAGCGGACAUCACAUGCCUAAUGGGUAAAUAACUCUCCAUACAGUGUGUCUUUCUGCUUGUGUC